AUGUGGCUGGGAGAGCUGCAGUUGAAGCGGAGGAAGUUCACCACUGUACCUCCUCCCUAUUCUUCCCCACUUACCUUCUCCUCCUCCACACUCUCCCCCCCGUCUUCCCAGCCCCUCUCUUCCCCCCCCCUUCCCUCUUCCUUCUCCCAAAACGUCCCCCACUCCUCCUGCAACCCCCCUCCCACGCACCUCCCCGUCUGGGCCUGGGAAGCCGCUUCUGGUGAAGUUCUGCCGGUAGCCCCUCUCGUACACGAAGGAAAACACAGGACUCCUGGUGGCGGUGGUGGUGGGGGAGCGGGGGGGAAGGAGGAGGAGGAGGAGGAGGAGGAGGAGGAGGAGGAGGAGGAGGAGGAGGAGGAGGAGGAGGAGGAGGAGGAGGAAGAGGAGGAGGAGGAGGAGGAGGAGGAGGAGGAGGAGGAGGAGGAGGAGGAGGAGGAGCGGGAAAAGGGGGAUUCACAUAGUGAGGGGAUUCAGGUGAAUGAGGAGACUACCAACACCGACGGUGAACGACCCGAUGUAGCGACAGCAUGCGACAGCGCCACUCACAUGUUGAAGGUCCGAGAAGAGCGGGACCCGGAGAUGGAGAGCGGUUGGAAGCACACUGGGCAGCCCAGCAACGGCCGCUGCUCGCCUGUCGCGUCAUCCGUGCUCUCCGCUGCCGUCGUGGUGGCUGUUGAAGGGGCCGCCGAUGCUCUCGCUGCUGCUGCUGCUGCUGCUGCUGCCACUUCUCCGCGUUUUUUCGCAGCCGGUUUCCCGCUGCCGCUACUACUGGCGCUUGUCGCAGCUCUGACGGGUAUUAGCGUGCAGCGCCGUCUAGACGAGCGGCUAGCGGCGGAGCUGCCGUCUGGUAGCCGGCGCGGGAAGUCGAAAAGCGGGACGAGAGACGCGGAAGAUGCGGGGAGAAAGGUGGAGCGGAGCGAGAGGCCGCCGGCGGUGCUCGACGAGGGGAUUGUCAUUGCUGGGCACGCCAUGGGCCAAGCGGCGGGCGCGGCGCUUGACAAGCGUCGGCUGCAGCAGCAUGCCGACACGCACCGCCUGCUGCUGCUCGCAUGGCUGCGAGAGCAGGGAGGAUCAGCGUCGGAAGCAGCAGCAGCGAGGUUCGCCCAGGAGGUAGCGGCGUUGCCUCUGGAGGAGAGCAGGCGUGAGCUUGCAGGGAUGAUGCGCGCUCAGAUGCGACAAACGCUGCAGGCCAUGCAGGCUGUCUUUGAGCCCGCCUCUGCGUCUGGCAGCAGCAGUGGUAGCGACAGCGGGACGAGCCAGGAGUCAGGCCAAGAGCCGUUUGUCAGUGAGCUCAGCUUUGCACUGGGGCAGCCUCUGGAAGGCAGGAAACGGCCCAGCAACACAGCUCAUCCGUCACACCUCUCCCCUUCAGAAGCCUCUUCUGCGUUUCACCGCUCCACUGGUUUCUCCCUCUCCCUCCGUCCCUCCUCCGUUCCUCACCCCACCUCUGGCCUCGGCCUUUUCCUCCACGGGUCCGCCUCUCCUGGCACUAUCGUUGCGCAAUAUCCAGGGGUGAUUUACCCUCGCGAUAUGCACCGGUACCUGCCAGGUUUCCCUCUGGUGGACAGCAAUAACCCGUAUCUUCUCGCACGGUUCGAUGGGGUGAUUGUAGAUGCGAGGCCGUGGGGGGUUGGAGGGGCAGGCAGGGAGGUGUGGAGCGGGAUAGAGGAGGAGAAUCUUGCGUGGUUGAGGGAGAGGGAGCGGUGGGAGAGAGAGGAGGGUUCGCAGAGGGUUGAUGACCAGUGGUUGAAGGGAAGGGGAGCGAGGGAGGAGGAGUUGGCAGUGGCAGAGGCAGAGGCAGUGAGUGGUUCGUCCACAAGUCCCGGUACAAGCAGUUCAAGUAGCAGUGUUGGCGGUGAUGGCGACGACGCCAGCAGCGGCAGCAGCGACAGUAGUGGCAGCAGCAGCAGCAGCAGCAGCAGCAGCAGCAGCAGCAGCAGCAGCAGCAGCAGCACUAGCAUGUUCUCAUUCAAUCGAGCACUUGAAGCGGCACUGGCCCGUGUGCUGGUGGGAGGCGACAGCUGGCGCAACAACCCGGCUCUUCUCACUGCAGCUAUCGCUGCCACUCAAGUGGAGAUCGAGAGGAGGAACCCCCUUGCUCUGGCUCACUUUGCAAAUCACCCGGGUGGAUCUGGGCAAUCACCCAACGUGGCGAUUUGCCCUCUGGACAUUUACUUCGAGGAUACAGAAUGGAACAAUCUCCGGCCCUACAUGCCUAAUGCUGUUUUCCGCCUUAAAGAAAAGAGAAUGGAGAGAACGAGGGGUGGGCGGAGGUCUGCAGGCAGGAGGGGGUCAGAACAUGACUUAAAUGAGUCGAGUAUGCAGAUGGAUGGUGAUGAUGAAGACGAGGAGGGGAUGAACGAGGGAUUGCUGAGGACGGUGGUGCUGGUGGCAACAGAUGUGAUCAAGGAUGGGGAGGAGGUGUUUCUGGACUAUAGAUUGAAUCCCAAUGCCAACCGCCCAGAUUGGUAUGUUCCAGUGGAUGCUAAGGCAGAGGAGAGGCGCUGGUCAUAG